AUGGGAUGUACAUUUAGUAAUUUAAGAUGUGUGACUAACUUUACAGGCUUAUCAAGUUUAAUAAUUUCACUCUUCCCAAAUUUAAUUAUUAAAAAUCCUGAAAUACUUAGACCUUUAUUAAAUGUAAGUUGGGGUUAUUUAUUCGGAUCAACAUUUUGGUUGUGUUUUUUUUCAGAAGUUGGUGUACUAAGAGGAUUAAAAGAUAUAAAAAGUCUUCCAUUACCUGAAAACGCAGAAGAUGCUAAAAGACUUUUAGAAGAACAUAAAGGAAUGGAAUCAGAUUUUAAUAGAAGAAGUGUUGAUUUUCAAUAUUUUUUUAGCUUAUCUACCCUUUUUUCAGGUAUAUUGUUAUUAUCUACUGUUAGACUUGCUACACAUAAUAUACAAUUAAGAAUUAGCUCAUCAGUUGUUGCAAUAUCAUGUUUAUUAAAUAGCUUAUAUUUUUAUAAUAAAAUAUACAAAUUAAAACAAACGAAAGUAAAUUUAUAUAAUGAAUUAAUUGAAAACCCCAAAAGUGAUACAGCAAUGGCAGCAUUAAAAAAAAAUAAAAAAGAAUUUCAUAUAUAUCAUGGAUUAUCUAUUUUAUCUUUAUAUUUAUCAUUUUUUGGUUUAACACCUUAUAUUUUUACAUAA